UCAAUGUACUAUUGGCUAGGGGUUUCUGUGUCAACACAAAUAUUGCACUCAGUGAUGUUCGUUGCUCGCUACCUGGACAUCUUCACUGGGAUGUAUGUAUCCCUCUACACGAUUAUCAUGAAGGUCUUCUACAUCCUUGGGUCUUUCGCCACCGUCUUCAUCCUCCUUCUUGCCUUCUGGACCACCGCAACCACGCCAAACGAAAAGCGCAUCGUGCGGACCAUUGUUUACACAGUGCUGACGUGCUUUGUUCUCGGGAUGGUAUUCCACUACGGGGAUAACUCCAAUUUCACGGAGAUCUGGUGGGCGUUCUCCAUCUAUCUAGACGCUGUGGCCGACAUCCCCCAGCUGGUGGAAUACUACAAUUCGGAGGAAAGAGACACCACCCUGACGGCAUGUCUCAUCCUGAUAUUUACGUCUUGUAUUUUCCAAGCUUUGAGCUGGCCUCUCCGGUACCUCUAUUAUGGGGCUCUUGACCCCAUCGCCGUUACUGCUGGCUCUGUUCGCAUCCUGUCCUAUCUCGUCUUGGGAAUCAGUGUCAUGAGGCAACGUGCACGCCUAGAAAGCGGAGCUAUUCGUCUUCCCAGAGACAAUGAAAGCGAUUCCUGA